AUGACGGAGCACUUUUCAGUACCCCUCCCAGGGACUCAAAGAAGGCUGGAGUCACCGUCCGGGGAUUGGGUCAUCGGGGCCCAUAACUGCCAUCCAAAUCACACCGCACCCGCCCCUGCUGAACCCUCCUGCAGGUGCAAAACUGACGCCUCAGUGAAAUACGAGGACAUCAUCUCUAAGAGUCUUCCUGUCCGUUCAGGAUCUCCUGCUGUCUACCAGCUGAGACCAAAGAAAGAGGAGAUUGGAUCUCUAAGAAGAAUGACUCUUGGUGAAAAAGAUCUGAACCAGACAAACAGAACCAUCUUACUUGUUGGAGAAACAGGAGCAGGAAAAUCUACUCUGGUCAACACUCUGGUCAACUACACCAUGGGAGUAGAGUGGGAGGAUGAUGUCUGGUUUCAGAUUGUCAAGGAGAAGGAGAAAAGAAACCAAUCAGAGGAGGAGAAAAGAAACCAACCAAAGAGUCAGACAACAGAUGUGAUCGUGUACCAGAUCUUUGGAUUUGAAGGUAAAACUCUGCCCUACUCUCUGACCAUCAUCGACACUCCUGGAUACGGAGAUACCAGAGGGAUUGAACAUGAUGCUAAAGUCAGUGAGAGAUUAUUAGACUGGUUCCGCUCAGAAGAUGGAGUUCAUGAGAUUAAUGCAGUGGGUCUGGUGCUGAAAGCAACUGAGAAUCGACUGGAUGAUCGACUGAUGUACAUCUUUGAUUCAGUGGUGUCUCUGUUUGGAAAAAACAUGGAGCAGAACAUCGUCGCCCUCAUCACACACUCAAGUGGUCUGACACCUGAAAACGCUCUGAAAGCUCUCGAGGAUGCAAACAUUAAAUGUGCCAAAGAUGAAAAGAAUCAGCCGGUUCACUUCCUGUUUGAUAACUGCCAGAGCGAACAGAAAACACAAGGAAAUCAGGACCGUUUGAAAAGCUCAUGGGACUUAACAUCAGUUGAAAUGGGUCAGUUCACUGAUUUCCUUAAAGGAAACGCCCCUCAGAAGCUGAUGAAAACUGCUGAAGUGUUGAAAACACGAAUGAGACUGAAAGCCUGCAUCCAAAACCUGCAGGAGAGGAUCGAGCUGACGGAGCUGAAACAGAGAGAAAUCCAACAGACCCAGGAAGCUCUGAAGAAACAUGAAGAGGAGAUGAAGAACAAUGAGAACUUCACGUUAGAAAUCGAUGAGGUCUACAAAGUUCAAGAGGAUAUCAGUGAGAGGAGGUGGUGGGCGUUGGGGUUUAAUUAUGGAGGAGCUGUCUGCUGUACAGUCUGUGAGGAGAACUGUCACCAUCCCUGCACACUGGCCUGGUAUCCAGGACACUGUGAGGUCAUUAAAGAUGGCCGCUGCACUUCAUGUAGUGGGAAGUGUCCUGUGUCAGAUCAUGUGAAGGAAAAGAAAAUCUAUGUGACCGAGACAAGAAAAGUUAAAAAGACCCUGCAAGAUGUGAAAGAGAAGUAUGAAAAGGAGAAAUCAGAGUGUGACAAGAAAACAAGCCUGUUGGAAAAACUACAGAAGGAAAUGAAAGAACUUGAGAAAGAUAAAGAUCAGAUGUUGGAUGAAUCCUUCCAACAGGUUGUCAAUCUGGAGCAGAUCGCUCUGAAUGUUAUUUCACUGUCCACUCUGGUGUAG